UUUAUAUUUUGCCGUUGAAUUUAAUUUUUUGAUGAAAUCAAAGUAAUUCACGAAAUCGCGUGAAUUGAAUUAUUGUCGUGGAAACUUCAAAACAUUGAAAACAUCGCAGAAAUCGACGGUUAAAUUAUCAUUUAAUUUAGCAUUGCCUUUAGCUGGUUAACCUGAGAUUGCAGUCUAUACGGACAAAAGAGUUGAUGCUGCAACAAGAUGACCGUCACGUACACAGCGGAAGUUGCCACGUGCAGAGGAUUCGGAUGCUUCCUCAAGCUCCUGCUAAGGUGAGUCAUUUGGAAACUCAAAUUAAUGGAAUUUUAAAAACUCUUUUCUUUUUCAAGAUGGCGCGGAAGCAUCUACAAACUUGUGUGGGUGGACUUGGUGACGUAUCUUUCAGCUUAUUACGCACUUAAUUUCCUUUAUCGAUUUUAUUUGGAUGAUGAGCAAAAGAAGUGAGUAAAAAUGGAGAAAGGCGUGCUUAACGUAACCUAAAAAAAUGUUGUUAACAUUUUGUUUGUUUUUCGUAGAAUAUUCGUGGGUCUAGUCCUUUAUGCUUCACUUUACACCAAAUACAUCCCAAUUUCCUUCGUUCUUGGCUUCUAUGUGACCAUUAUCGUGAAGAGAUGGUGGGAACAGUACACAACAAUUCCCAAACCGAAUUCAAUAUCAAUGUUUGUGAGUUCUUACAUCAUCGGACAGGUGAGUUAUGAAAUUCAAAAAGUAACCGUUGACAUUGUGAUCCCUUCAUCAGGUCCUUGAAAUACUACAAAUAAUGGAUUUUCUUACAGGACGAACGAGGACGAUUAAUGAGACGAACUAUAGUCCGAUACGUUUGCCUCUGCAUAACAAUGGUUCUAAUAAGAGUAGCCCCAAGAGUGAAGAAGCGCUUCCCAACGCUCCAACGGCUCGUGGAAGCUGGCCUCCUAACGGACAGUGAACGAACUAUAAUAGCCAAAAUGGAUGAACGUUUUCCGCGUCCUUCGAAGCAUUGGAUGCCAAUUGUUUGGGCAGCAAGUAUCGUGACGCGUGCCCGGAAAGAAGGUCUCAUACGGGAUGACUUUGCCGUCAAGACACUUAUUGAUCAGCUUAACAGCCUUCGUGACAGUGCGAGUAUUCUUCUCAAGUACGACACUAUCACCAUUCCUCUUGUCUACACACAAGUAGUCACCCUGGCCGUCUAUUCGUACUGCGCCGCAAAUAUUUUGGCAAGCCAAUGGUUUGAGAGUAGUGAUGAAGGGAAAGAUCAAGCCUUAGAUGUCUACUUCCCAUUUUUCUCAACGCUUCAAUUCUUCUUCUACAUGGGAUGGCUGAAAGUAGCUGAAGUCCUCAUUAAUCCCUUUGGGGAGGAUGAUGAAGACUUCGAAGUGAAUUGGAUGAUUGAUGAAAAUCUCAAAGGAUGCUACAUGAUUGUCGAUGAGAUGCAUCAUGAGCAUCCGGAGUUGAUGAAGGAUCAAUACUGGGAUGAAGUCUUCCCAAAUGAGCUUCCUGGUGCGGAAGAAUUUCACGAACAACACCCAGAAGCAUCAACAUCUAAGCUUGAGAUUCCAGAAGCUGAAGCACACCUAACCUCUAAAUUGCCACCAAAAAUCAUUGUGGAUGACAUGAGUGAUGGGAAUGUUGAAAAUGGUCAAAAUCAACCAGGACAGAGUGCAGAGAACCUCGUUGAUACUGUCACAAUGGCAUUUGAGCGUUUCUUCAGGACAGAAGAUGAGCAAUCAAUGCAAUACUUGAAGGAAACUACCCAAGUAUCAACUGCUCCGAGUAGGGCCAGCUUGUCUGAAGGUGCAAAAGUCACGAUUACUGUUCCAGAUGGAAGUCUUGAGGAAGACAAUGAGACACCUGAAGAUGAUGAAUUUGAAAAACUUCGCUUAACUCGUGAAAAAGAACGCCAGGAGAGGAAUAAACUGUUGAUUUCCAACCCUACACAAGACGUUGCAACAACUUUGGAUAUGAGCGCUUUUCUUGAGCAAAUUAUUGAGAAAAAUAUGGAUAAAAUUGAGCCAGAUUCAGAUUAA